UACCUGAGACCAAUCAAGUAUCUGCUCAGCAACUUCCACUAGAAAGAAGAGAUCCAAAGAGAACCAAGAUGAAGGCUACACUCAUUCUGUGCAUGGCACUCCACACCACUGUUGGGAUAGGUUACCUUCUCGACAGGGGUGCCACAGCGAGGAAGGAGAAGAAGGUGCAGUAUGCCUCCUGGGAUGAUGUGAAUGUGAUUGCACAUGGACUUCUGCAGCUGGGCCAUGGCUUGAAAGAGCACGUGGACAAGACAAAAAGCCAGAUCCGAGACAUCUCCACCAAGAUCAAGCUGUUCAACAGCACCGUGGCUGAGCUUGGCAAGCAGACUCAGAACCUGAAGACAGACGGAGAGGCGCUGAGGGCUCAGGCACAGCUGCUGGAGGAGCAGGAGAGCCAGGUCCUCAACAUCUCCUCUGAGCUGCGAGAGAAGACUGAAGAGCUCCAGAGAGAACGGCUGCAGUUUCACGAGAGGAUAGGCAAGCUGGAAGAGAAGGUGGACGGCAUCCUGCAAGGAGAAGGCCUGGAGAUCCACACCAACAACUACACCGAUGCUGGCAUCAUACAGUGGAUGCUGGAGGCGCAGAACCGGCGCAUCGACGAGCUCGUGGAGCGGAUCCGGGAGCAGCAGGAGAAGGUGGAGAAGCAGAACGUGCGCAUCAGGCACCUCCAGAGCCAGAUGAAGCAGAGGAAGGAGAGAUCUUCCCUGAGACGCAAAGAGGAGGAGAUCGCCUUCAACAGCACCGAGGAACAGGGAGAUUCCCCCAGCGAGGUGGCACCGGACUGUCACCAGCUGUUCCUGAGAGGAGAGCACACCAGUGGAGUGUACACAAUCCAGCCACUUAAUUCACAGCCAUUUGAAGUUUUCUGUGAGAUGACUUCUGAAGGUGGAUGGACAGUUAUCCAAAGUCGCUACGAUGGCUCACUGGACUUUGACCAACUGUGGCAGGCAUACCAAAGCGGUUUCGGCAGCCCUUACGGUGAAUUCUGGCUGGGGCUGGAGAAGAUGCAUGCCCUUUCUGCACAAGGAGAAUAUAUUCUGCUGGUGGAGCUGUCUGACUGGAGGGACGAAAUAGAAUCUAUUCAGUACCACUUCAGCAUGGGCGGACAAGAGAGGAACUAUUCCCUGCACCUGAAGGAAAGCUCUUCUGGGAACCUGGAAAGUGCCUUGAACACAGAUAGCACCGGGCUGCCCUUCUCCACCCGAGACAAAGACAAUGACCAGAGGGCAGACAUCAACUGUGCCAAGCAUCUCUCGGGUGGCUGGUGGUUUAGCAACUGUGGCCGCUCCAACCUGAAUGGCAAGUACUUCACUGGCCCCCUCCCUAAACAAAGGCAUCAGAGGAAGCAGGGGGCAUUCUGGAAAACCCGACGGGGACGAUAUUUUCCCCUGAAGACCACUGUCAUGAAGAUAGUGCCAGCUGAGAUUGAGUACAAAUCAUAGUGCAAACUUGGAGCAAACUUUUCUAAACAUUGUGGUGUUAGAGAAAAAUAGCCCAGGACUAUUGAAGGUAUUUGUCCCAGAGCCUUGACCAUGGACUAGACAGAGCCUGGCUGUUUUGGUCCAGAGAUAGUGGUUAAACAAAUGAUGUAGACGACUUUCUAAUGCUCAGAUACUACAGAAGAAAGGACUAAAGCAAUCAUUUCACCACUCAGUUUGAAAUAUUUCUUUUUAAAUUGUUUUGUUUUGUAGAUGCUCCUCAAAGUGUGCUGUUAUCUUCUGCCAAUUGAAAGAUACAAGUUAGAACAAAAGCAGAGUCUGGUUUCCCAGAAUGCCUUUGGUGACUUCAUCAUCUGAGGGUCAUAUGAGUGGUUCAUAGUGGAGGGAAAGGUGUCAUGUGACCUUGCAAAGAACAAGAAGCAAGCAGUCAAGGGGGUCUUCAGAGAACUCUAGUCAUUCCCUCUUUCUUAAGAAAUGAAGCAAAACACUUGUCUUUAGUUCAUCCAGAAAUAAACAGGUCUUAUUUUUGUUUGACAAAAACUUAAAUGGUAGAACUGAUUUAGAAUGUGCAAUUAUGUAUUUAUAAAGAAACUUACAAUUAAAGUUUAACUCUCUCUCACACACACACAC